AAAUAAAAAUUAUGUUACGAUUCUCAUUGUCCUUAUUGAAUUUUAUACUAUUCGUAGAAAUUAUGUACGUACAUACGUUCUAUAUAUUUUAAUGCUGGAUAUAGCAUAGUUGCUAAUGGCAACGCUAAUGAAUACAAAUGUAUUGUAGUUCGAAUAACCACGUUGUUUAUUAGUGCAAUAGGCCAAUUCAGAAUACGUAAUUUAUUUGAUUGGUAGUAUUUAUUAAAUUUACAAUAGUAAAUUAAUAUUCAAUUAUGAGCUCAAUUUUCAGUGGUGGUGAUAGUAGUAAUAAUACGAAUGUUAUUAUUUUUGAUGCUACCAAGUGCAAGAGAAAGCUGAAUGAAGAAUUUAAAGUGUUGCAAAGAAAGUUGAAAUCAAAAUGGAAAUUUGUUGAAAACAACGAUGCAUUAACAGAUGAAACUUUAUCAACAUGUAAAGUAUUAGUGCUGCCGGGACCUCAAAACAAAUUCACAGAAUUGGAAAUGAAUUCCAUUCGAACAUUUCUAAAUUCUUCUGGCCACAUUUUAGUCAUGCUUGGCGAAGGUGGUGAAAAUAAAUCAAACACAAAUGUGAAUUUCUUACUUGAAGAAUUCGGUAUAAUGGUGAACAACGAUAGUGUAAUUCGUAUGAGCUAUAGUCAAGUAAUGCAUCCAAAAGAAUGUUUAAUUUCCCAGGGAAUGUCAAAUAAAUCAAUAUUUUCAAGGAAUCAUGACGAAUACAUAAAUACAAAAUAUUUGUAUCCAUAUGGCGCAACCUUAAAUGUGGCACAGCCGUCGGUAGUUGCAUUAUCCAGUGGAUCACUUGCAGUUCCAAUGAACAGACCCAUUUGCGCGUAUUAUUACAGUGAAACUAGCGGUGGUAAAUUAGUUGUCUUAGGUUCGUCGAAAAUGUUAACCGACAUGUAUAUUGAGAAAGAAAAAAAUGAUGUAUUGAGAGAAAUGAUAUUUGACUUUUUCGAGUCGAAAGAAAUUGUAACAAAAGAAUAUCAAAUGGACGAUGUAGAUUUUUGGGAAUACAAUUUUGUGCCUGACAUAACUCAACAAGCAGACAACCCAAAAGUAUGCACACAAGAUAUGGACACGAUGGAUAAUUCUUAUGAUUAUACGAAAUUAUUCAAGCAUCACUUGUAUUCAAUAAAUUUAAAUAUGGUACCAGCUUGUAUAAAAGCUUAUGAAGUUUUAGAUGUGAAACAUGAACCUCUAAGCUUAAUUCCACCACAUUUUGAGUCUCCGUUGCCACCUACGCAAGCAUCGGUUUUUCCUCCAAGUUUUCAAGAAUUACCACCGCCAGCUUUGGAAUUAUUUGACUUGGAUGAAGCCUUCAGUUCUGAUCUAUUGAAACUUUCUCAAUUAACGAAUAAAUAUAUGGCAACGAAAGAUUUAUCGAAAGAUGUUGAAGUAGAUCAUUAUAUCAGAGAAUUUGGAAGCUUAGUAAGAAUAAACAAUGCUAACAUUCACACAGCAAAAGAAGUGCUAAAUUCUGUCUUUCAGUCUAUCUGCAGAUACAAAGCCAUGCACGAAUAAGAAAAUAGAGAAACUUGUAAAAUUGUAAAUACAUUUUGUAUUUAUUUAUUAUAUUAUAUGUAGAAAAGA